AUGCCGUCCCCGCGAUACUCGUACACUCUGACAGCACAGGAGGAGCCGGCCGCCGCUCUCCCGCCGGCCAAGUCCGACGUGCGGCGUAUGGCUCCGUCCUUGUCCCGGUCCAAGCUGAUGUCCACCUUCAUGGGACUCAUCAUCAACCAGGCCAAGAAGCAGAGUCCACAAGGCCUGGUGGGACUGAAGAACCUGGGCAACACGUGCUUUAUGAACUCCAUCCUCCAGUGUUUGAGUAACACUCCUGAAUUGAGGGACUACUGCCUGAGGGAAGUCCAUCAAACAGACCUCAAUUUACAGAACAACAGGACCAAUUCGGCCCUUGUGGAAGAGUUCGCCAAACUGAUUCAGAGCCUUUGGACAUCAGUCAACACCGAAACAUUCGUCCCCUCCAAUUUCCGGAACCAGGUCCAGAUUUGCGCUCCCAAAUUCGCCGGUUGCAAUCAACAGGACGCCCAGGAGUUUCUGCGUUUCCUGCUGGACGCCCUCCACAUGGAGGUGAACAAAGCCACGACGUGCCCCAGGCCGUCCGUCGAGGACUUUGACCAGCUCUCUGACAACGAGAAAUCCAAACGGAUGUGGAGUAUGUAUGUAGAGCGGGAAGACAGCAAAGUCGUGGAUUUGUUUGUCGGGCAGCUGAAAAGCUCACUGACUUGCACAGUAUGCGGCUUCCGAUCCACUGUCUUCGAACCCUUCUGGGACCUGUCCAUCCCAAUCGCGCCGAAGAUCUCUGGUGAGGUGACUCUAAAAGACUGCUUGAGGGUAUUCACCAAAGAGGAUGUGUUGGACGGAGACGAAAGGCCGACGUGCAACAAAUGCAAAACCAGGCAGAAAUGCACCAAACGAUUCAGCAUUCAGAAGUUCCCGCAGAUUCUAGUGCUUCAUCUCAAGCGUUUCUCUGACUCCAACGUCCGAGCCAGCAAACUGUCCACGUACGUCGACUUCCCCCUUAAAGACCUGGACCUGAAGGAGUUCGCCUCCGAGAGCAGUGAGCGCUCCGUGUAUAACCUUUACUCCGUCUCCAACCACUGGGGCAACACGCUGGGUGGCCAUUACACGGCCUACUGCAAAAACACCACUGUUGGCGAGUGGUACAGCUUCAACGAUGGCAGGGUGAGCCACAUGUCCUCCAGUCAGGUGCGAAGCAGCAACGCCUACAUCCUCUUCUACGAGCUGGCGAAAACUCAGACGUAUCACCUAUAA